AUGGAAGAGCCUUACACACCGACACGACGCUCCCGGCCACCCGCCAGCGGCAAUUCGCAAAAGCACACGCCCAUUUCGAAAGUUCUCAACCAGACCGAUACGCACAGCACACCCACGCGGCCAUCAGGCGGUGUCCCGCAGUCACCGUUCAGCUCACCGGCAAUACGGCAGCUAGGUACCGAUGCGCUGCGGGAGCGGCUCAAGGAAGCGUAUGGGCUGCUGAAGGAAAAGGAGCGCAAUCUGUUUCUUGCAGCGACCGUUGGCCAGGAGCUGGUGGACGCAAACCAGCAACUGCAGGACGACUAUGACCGGUUGCAGGCAGAGCUGGAAACCAUGCGAGCAAAGCUGGCCAGCCAAAAGCCGACGAAUACUGACGAUCCACAACUUUCCAGUAAUGGUGGAUCGACCGCUUCUGGCAGUGGUUCGCAGGAUGUUAGUCAGUUGCACGGACAGCAGCACAGCAUGGCGGCACAGCAGACAGACGAUUCACAUGAUCCACAGCAGCAGCUCGAGAGGCAAUGGGUGAAGACGCAUGUCAAGCCGCUGAAGGCACAGCUGGAUUUGGCUCGGGAACGCACUGACGAGCUGUUGGCUGAGCGCGAGGAGCUGGCUGCGCAACACAGCGUUGAUAUGCUGGAGGAAGACAGGGCUGAUUUGCGAAAGGAGCUCGAAGCCCAGCGUACACUAUGGGCCAAGCGCUUUGAAGACCACCAGAAGGAAUACCAGGCAGGCAGAAUGGACGCGAACUAUGCAGAGCAUCUCGCCGACCAACAUGCAGCGGAUGCCGCUGCCCGGUUGCAAGCUGAGCAACAUGCUGCGGAUAUGGAGGAUAAAUAUAACGCAGCACUGCGCGAGUGCGGCUUGCUGCGUUCAGAGUUGGCCAAGCAACAAGAGACCGAGAAGACAUUCUGGCAGCCGCUACGUAUGCAAUGGCUAGCGGGGCAAGAGGAGAUCCAGGACUUGCAAGAGUCUUACCAGGCUGCGUGCAAUGCGUUGGCGCAGGCCGAGGUGAGCUCGAUCCUGGAACGCCACCGGGCGGUAGCUGAGCAGCAGGAGCUGUACAAGGAGCAUUCGCAGCUGAAGCGCGCCUACGUGCGCACCCUGGGCGCCCAGUCUCGCAUGAAGCAGCAGGUUGCACGACUCUCCCAGCUCGCUGCCUCAGGAGCGUCCGAGGCCCGCAUGCGCCGGCUCGAGGCAGCCCUGGGCGAGGCCGAGUGUCAGCGCCAGGCCAUGGCAUGGGCCAACAUGGCAUCGCCACAGCAGCAGCAGCAGCAGGCUGACGAUUUGGCAGAUACACCGGCCGACGGCACUGUGCUGGUAGCUACACUGCGCACCAAACUCAGGCGAGUUGCAGGUGACCGUGACCAGGCACUGCGCGAACUGCGAACUGCGCAUUUGCUGCGUGCAAACGAAAUACAGCGCACACGCUGCGUCGUGCCUGGGGCUGAUAUAGCAGCGCUGAAGGCGCAGUUUGAGACGCUGAAGCGCUCGACAAGGGAAGCAAAGAAUCCCUCGCAUGACUCAAUACCCAACGAACCACUGAUGGCUAGCAUGCAGAUUGCACCACCACACUCGAAGCCCAAGAUGCCAGAGAAGGCGCAGCCACCGCGCAAGCGCACGCCGACCAGGAAUCCGGCUACCAGCAAGUCUGAAGCACCGACCGAAGAAGUUAGGAAGCCGGGCCCGAUGAGCCUGGCUUUUGUCAUCAACAGCGAGAACAGCAGUAGGCAGCACCAGCAGCACCAGCACCAGCAGGAUAACGUUUCUGGCACUGCAGCAGUCAAUGCAGCCGAUACUACACCGCGCAAACCUAGUCGAUCAGUGGCUCACCAGCGGGUGCACAGAGCCCCAAGAUGUUUGGGAAUCGGCCAUCCGAUUUUACUGGACUCUCACUUACCACAUCCACAAGUCGAUACCACAUCUUCUGAGAGCCCAACACUAUCCUUUUUAGACAUGCGCACGCUGGCGGGCCGCGGCAUGCGCUCUUGCUGCAAGUCGCUAGCAAGCGCUGCCAAAUCGGUAGGACUUUGCAGUGGUACAGCCAAAGUCACCACUACAGCCUCGUCGGAUUCUACAUCAUCAGACCCUUCACCAGCUAGUCCCCCGACUAAGCGGCCGCGCAAGAACGGCGAUACUAAUGUUGAAGAAAUACUCACAUUCUCACACCUGAAUAAGCAGAAGCCGACAGAGUGUGCCAACCAAUAGUCAUAUGUAUCCAUCUUCCAGUCUGUAUGUAAUUACACUUU